AUUGGUUAACUUUUUGCUCUGUGAGUAAUCAACAAGCUCAACCAUAUUUCUUUUGUUUUCAAAUCAACGUCUUUUCGCUAACCUUGUGUCUCGAGGAAGACAAUUUGGUGACUAAAAUAUUACAUUUUUUCUUCCGUUUCUUGUUCUGCUUCAAAAAAGUCGGUGACACUGAAAGAGCCGAUACCAGACCAGAAUUUUCUGACCACCUCAGAAGGUCUGAUGUGUCUGAUCGGUAAUACAACGAUUAAUAGUUAUCAAAAAUGGUUGACGGUUUUGCAAAAGGAGUUAAAUUUGCUAUGCUCAUCGCAAAUGGAGUUAUAUUUGCCGGCGGGAUAACUGUUUUUUCGAUUGGUGUAUGGACUCUUUCGGAUAAAUCUUUUAUGGAAAGGCUUCUAGGGACUAAAUCAUACAUAGCCUCAGCAUCUAUUUUGAUUGGAACUGGUGUGGUUGUGGCGAUUAUAUCCUUUCUUGGAUCUAUUGGAGCUUGGAAAGAGAUUCGUUCUGUUUUAAUAACAUUCUUUUUUAUACUUGCUAUGAUUUUCUUGACCAUGUUAACCGGAGGUAUUUUGGGUUACAUAUUUCGAAGCGAGGUUGAUGAACGAAUGCAUUCAGAGAUGAUAAUGACUGUCAAACUUUAUGGAAACGAUACCAAAGUAACAGAAUCAUGGGAUGCUGUCCAUAGAAAUUUCAAUUGUUGUGGAGUUAUUCCUAAUAUUGCUAAUCCGAAAGUUGGCCGUGACCAGAAGGCUUAUAAAAUUUGGAUGCGAAAUGUUAAUUUUAGGCUAAGUGGUCCUCAAGUUCCUGAAAGCUGUUGCAAAAAUCCACUUGAACCUCAGCAACGAAAGGCCUGUGUAAGAGAUAAAUUAGAAGAAAGAUUUGUAUUCAUGGAUGAUUGUUAUGAGAAAAUGAAAGAGUUUGUAAAAGCUCAUGCUUUGAUUGUUGGAGGUAUUGGAGUUGGAAUAGCAGUUUUACUCAUUUUUGGAAUGAUUCUUUCCUUGGCUUUAUAUCUUGUCAUAGAAUAGUGAAUGGUUUAGGCGUAUCGAUCCCAAGCACUAAUCAUAUCUUCAUAAUCCUUGAUUUUCAUUGCUGUCUAUAUAAAUUAUUUUAACAUCAACAUA